ACCUCCGCCGCGCCCGGACGCGCACGACUACAGCGCAACGCAUCGCUUGCACUUGCGCCGCGCUCGCGCUAUGUCGCCCCAUAUACGUCACAAUUAUGUGUUUGAAUAUUUGAAUUUUGUUUGUUUCAUAGGAGGCUGCAGCCCAGAAAAACGUCAGUGAUUUAAUUAUUUAUUAUUUUAAUUUGUGAUAUUUAAAAAGUAACUUUUGAAGUAGUUGAUCGAGUGUUUUUAUUAUAUAAACUUUAUAACACGACGAUGGUGUCGGAAGGGGCUCUGCCCGUUGUAUGGUGUAUGCGCGAUAACCAACUUGUGCCUCACCAAGUUUCCGGUGUUAAGUUGCAAGGUGCUGUCACUGGAGCCCAUAUAGCCGCUGUAACAGACUUUUUACGCAUGGUGGCCGGUACUCAAAUCAUUUUACCGCCCACAGCUGUGCCUGAGAACUACGAUAAUGACAUUAAUAAAGAAAAGGAGAACACAACUAGACGUCGCAAGAUGUCAAUGCAAGUGGAAGUCCCAUGUGUUUUCCUCUCCGAGAGUGCACUACAAAAAGCAAAAAGUCGACAUAAUUCAUUAGAAGAAAAACUAAUCUUUGAAAAUUCUAGUUGUUCUACUACAAGGUAUUCGGAAACUGAUACACAGUUUUGUAUUAGUAAAAAAAGUGAAGAAAAACUCGAAAAAGAUAUGUAUCCCCAAAGAAUAACAAGGAUAAUUGAAUUAGAUGAUUUUAAUGCUGAUUUAAUGAAUAAAAUAGAAAAAGAACCAUUACAAAGAAUAACUAGAAUAAUUGAAUUUGAAAAUGAUAAAUUAUCUUCGCCAUUAAAUCAUGAUGAAGAAAUUGAAGUGCCACAAAAAAUUACUAGAAUUAUAGAAUUUAAUGAAGACAAUUCUGUAUCUACGCAUACAAAUAGUUACGAAGAUUUUGAUAAAGAAUGUACGCAUAAAUUUAAUAGAAUAGUAGAAAGUGCUAAAGAUAAUAGUUUUCCUAGUAUGGCUAAAAUAAUAGAAAUGGAAAAUGAAAAAUCAAAUGAAAGGAGAUUGUCCUUAACCUAUGAACGGGAAAUUGGUUGCGGGGGAAAUGAAAAUAAUAGCGAAAAUCCUAUUGUUAAAUCUAAACCAAUGCAAAGAAGUAGAUUUAGUGUAGACUCCUCUUGCUCCGAAAACUCUUAUGCUAACAUAGAGACUAUUAAGAGUUUACAGGAUGUGAGACGGGAGGACAUUACAGAUUUCAGUACAAAUCCUGAAUCGUUAUCUACUUGUAAGCCGAUUGUUCGGUCGCGUUUUCGAAGGAAAAAAACAUCUGUUUGUUCGAUUGGCUCGUCGGACUGUGAUGAUGAGAUAGACGUAAUUUUUAAGUCGAAACCAAAAUCUAGUCAGUGGGUGAGCUUGGAUUGGAUACCACCACCACCCAAAGAAGAGCCAGUGAUUACACAAGUCUGUGAUAAAAAUGAUUUUAUAUCAAAAUGGAUAGCUGAACAGAACUCUCAUGAUUCGGGCAUUGUUCCCGAAGAAAGGAGGAGAAGCCUCCCCCCUAAAUCAAAUGAAAUUUAUUUACAAAAUAUGAGAAGGUUUAGUGAUGGUUUACAGAUUUGUAAGGAAGACGCAGCGAGUGACUCACCGGCAACAGUAAAAUGGAAAUGGCAUGAUAUUGUUAAAAGGCAUCUUCAAUUAGUAAAAAACGACAAAGGCUUUAGAAGACAAAGAGGAAGCUGGAUGAGAACUGCACGCCGGCUCUCAGGAACAAAUGAAAAUAAUAAACAUGUCGAACUUCCACUAGAUACAUAUAUGAAACUCAAUACAAUGCCAUGGUACUUCCGUAAAAUUAAGCGAAUCGAAGCUGAAAAGAAACUGCUUCUGCCGGAGAACGAACAUGGUGCUUUCCUCAUCAGAGAUUCAGAGAGCCGUCAUAAUGACUUCUCAUUGUCAGUUCGAGACGGUGAUACGGUAAAGCAUUACCGCAUCAGACAGCUAGACGAAGGGGGAUUCUUCAUUGCCAGACGCACUACCUUCCGAACUUUGCAGGAACUCGUCGAGCACUACAGUAAGGACGCGGAUGGUCUCUGCGUAUCGCUUAACAAGCCAUGUGUCCAGGUUGAAAAACCCGUCACAGAAGGACUUUCGCACCGAACCCGCGAUCAGUGGGAAAUCGACCGAUCUUCUCUGAAAUUUGUACGUAAACUCGGUCAUGGGCAAUUCGGUGAAGUAUGGGAGGGGCUAUGGAACAACACGACACCCGUUGCCAUCAAGACGCUCAAAUCUGGUACAAUGGACCCGAAAGACUUCUUGGCAGAAGCGCAGAUAAUGAAAAAACUUCGACACAGCAAACUGAUUCAAUUAUAUGCCGUGUGCACUCUCGAAGAACCGAUUUAUAUCAUAACCGAACUGAUGAAGAACGGCUCACUCUCGGAAUAUUUACAAGGUAAAGGCCGUGGCCUGAAGCUUCAGACGCUCAUCGAUAUGGCGGCGCAGAUCGCAGCCGGCAUGGCGUACCUCGAGUCUCAAAACUACAUUCAUCGUGACCUUGCAGCUAGAAAUGUACUCGUGGCCGAAGCGAAUAUCGUCAAAAUUGCUGACUUCGGUCUCGCCAGGCUCAUAAAGGAGGAUGAAUACGAGGCUCGCGUGGGCGCACGAUUCCCGAUCAAGUGGACCGCGCCGGAGGCCGCGAACUACAGCAAGUUCUCUAUCAAAUCCGACGUUUGGUCCUUCGGUAUUCUUCUCACCGAGCUCGUCACGUAUGGCCGGACACCUUAUCCAGGCAUGUCCAACGCGGAGGUGCUGCACCAGGUGGAGCACGGCUACCGCAUGCCGUGCCCGCCCAACUGUCCCGCCGCGCUCUACGACAUCAUGCUCGAGUGCUGGAACAAGGACGCUCUCAAGCGGCCCACCUUCGAGACCUUGCAGUGGAAGCUCGAGGACUUCUUCACCAUGGACAACUCCGAGUACAAGGAGGCCUCGGCCUACUGAGCCAGGCCUUCCCUGCCGCCCCACCGACACGCACACGCGCAUCACACCCCUGGCCUUUAUCACAUGCCGCCGGAGCUGCAAAUGCUGCACAGCAGCGCAUCGAUGCAACACCUGCAGAUGCACCACGCGCUGCACGCGCACGCGCACCCGCACCCGCACGCCCACGCGCACGCGCGCGCGC